CACUUUUUGAAAGGCAUGAAUGAUGCUCAUCAAUGGCAGCUGCCAAACGAGUCCUGCAAGUUUGAACCACCAAGCCUAUAAUUGGGUUAAAACCACACUGGUUGGCCAAAUUUCAAGUCCCAUUCUUUGUCAUCAUACAAAACACAUCUGCCCAGAAGUUGUUCAUCUUCAGUUUUCAGAAAGCGAGGAGGAGAAGGUAUUCGUGCAUCAUUUCUCAUUUGAGAAGGCUACAAUCUGCAGGUCCUAGCUGACAACGUCUCGGAUAUAGGACAAUUUAUUCUCAGGGACAUCACAGAUAUGGAGCCUCUGAUGAUUCUCCUUCUGCUAGCAGGACUAGUAGCGACAAACACAACGGCAAUGGGCAACAACUCCACUUCCACAACACCAGCCCCUCCACCACCAGAGGUUAAGCUGGAGUUCAUAUCGGAGAAAAACUUCACCGCAGACUUGAAUAAUGCAUCAUCACCACAUUUUCAAGCUUUAGCAGCAAGUGUGGCUACAGUGCUGGACAUUGAAUACAAAGAAACAUUGGGAUCCAUUUUCAAUCACACAGUGGUUCUUGGUUUCAGUGAAGGUUCGGUUGUAGCAUAUACUGUGCUAGUAUUCAACAAUAACACCACAGCUGCUCCAGCAACAACCACAGCUGCUCCCACAACAACGACAGCUGCUCCUACAACAACCACAGCUGCUCCCACAACAACCACAGCUGCUUCCACAACAACCACUUCUGCUCCCACAACAAGCACAGCUGCUCCCACAACAACCACAGCUGCUUCCACAACAUCCACAGCUGCUCCCACAACAACCAUAGCUGCUCCCACAACAACCACAGCUGCUUCCACAACAACCACAGCUGCUCCCACAACAACCACAGCUGCUACCACAACAACCACAGCUGCUCCCACAACAACCACAGCUGCUGCCACUCACAGCUUCUCCCACAACAGUCACAGCUGCUCCCACAACAAACACAGCUGUUCCAAAAACAACCACAACUGCUCCCACAACAACCACAGCUGCUCACACAACAACCACAGCAGUUCCAAAGACAACUACAAUUGGGGCUACAACAACCACGGAUAA